AUGGUCUCGCAAGAUAUCUGGGUCGUAUUGGGAGGGAUCGUCUCGUCGGUCUACCUCUAUCGUCGUUCCCACGCUACCAAAUACCCCACCCUUCAACUUGAAGCCGUAAGCGCACCACCUUGAUAGCAAAGUGGACCUUUCACACUAACCCUGACCAGCACUCCACUUUGAUCCCCCCAGAUCUUUCUCUACCCUAUCAAAUCUCUUCCACCUAUUCAAGUCAGCCAAGCGACUUUGGCAGAAAGGGGUUUGCAAGGCGAUCGCACGUUCAUGCUCGUUUCUCCAAAGUCCAAAGCGAAGGCCGGGGAUGGGAAUGGUUUAGGGAAGGGAAAGGAGGACGAGUGGUUCGGUCAUUAUAUUUCGGAUAGACCAAAGGUGAGUGGAUGGUUGGCUCCAUUUUGGUGGGCGUUGUAGAUGGGCGAAGGAAAGCUGAUGUCCGAAGGGUUGGUCGGUCGUUGAAAGAACGCCCUCUUGAUCCCCACCCUCUCAUCGGACCAUUCCUUCUUAACCAUCACCGCCCCGAACGGGACCCAAUUCACAACACCCCUUUUACCCAACUUUACGACCGAAAAUCGUCGUAUCAAGAUCACGAUGCAUUCCUCUUCAGCGGAAACAAUCGACUUGGGGGACGAAGCGAGUCGGUUCUUCACCGAGGCUUGUGGGACGGUCGGGGAGGAAGUUAGGUUGGUAUAUAUGGUGCCGAAGGAGAGGAGGGAGGUGUUGGGAUCGAUGGGGGGGAAUUUUUAUCGGUGAGAUUGGGAAUAGACCGGAGGUUGGGGGGAAAUGUGGUGUAAGCUGACGAGUUUUCCCCCCCUUUGUGCUUUCUGUCCCGAGCAGAGGUCUCGCUUUCCAAGAUUGGUAAAUCACCCCACCCUAAUCGCAAUUGCACGGAGAUCCAGUCAUCCAAACUCACUCGUCAUUCUCCACCGUACAGUGCCUCGUACAUGAUCGCUUCCUCUGCCUCCCUCGAAGCCGUCCGUUCCCAACUCGACGAACCCCUAUCCAUCAUCCCCUUCCGACCUACGUUCUUGGUCUCCCCUCAAAGAGGACAUUCUCUCGCUUCUUGGGUAGAGGAUUGGUGGGCUGAGCUAAGGAUAGCUGAAAAAGGUAAUCUAAAUUGCUUGGUAUGGUUAUGUGAUUGGUGGGAGGAGUUUACGUCUAAAAAGUGGGUCGUUAACUUUGUGUGCAGUUUCGAUCCGCCUGACUUCGAAUUGCGUGAGAUGCGUCUCCCUCAACAUCGACUACGCGAAAGGCAAGUUCAAGACUGGGUCUAACUUACCUUUCAAGUGAGUGAUCGCCUGUCCAGAACCCCCCUUUUUUUUCCCUACGAAGGCCGUGCAGGUGAUUUGAUACGACGUGAUUUGUGCCGAACGCAGGAUCUUGACCAAGACUAGGUUGGUCGAUCCGGGCCAGCCUUAUAGUCCGGUAUUUGUUCGUGAAUUCUGACUUGUAUUCGGAGGGAGCUAUCUCGUGAGGAAGAAUCUAAUGUACGGUCUUGUUUUCAAAACAGGGUCGUUAUGGUUUCUCACAGAACGUUGGUUAGUCAAGCCCUGGCAGGGCGGGAUGAUCGGUCGAGUUGAACGCGUUUCGGGCCCGGUAGGAGACUGACCAUGGCUCUCUUCUGUCUGCAGGUGAAACCAUCUCGGUUGGAGAUGUCGUCAGGGUCACAAAGUUGAACAAGUCCAGAACUGUUUUCGAUUGGCCGUUGUAG